AAUAGAGAAAAAGAAGUGGCUUAAAAGUAAUUUCGUAUUCUCAUAUCCAUCACAAAACAAAAGCUUCAUCACCCAUUUCCCACAAACAAACACAGAGAGAAAGAAAUGGCUCUAAGCCUACCCAACACGUUCCUCCAAGGAAAACCCUUUCUUCCUAUCAACAAGGUAACCAGAGGAAAAGUUGGAACAGCAACAAGUGGGAAUUACCCAAAUGUGGUGACGUGCAGGAAGAAAGACAUACACCCGCAAUUCCACGAGGAAGCAAAGGUGUACUGCAAUGGUGAGCUGGUGAUGACAACGGGUGGGACCCAGAAGGAGUACACGGUGGAAGUGUGGUCGGGAAACCACCCCUUUUACCUCGGCAACCGGUCGGCGCUGCUCCUCGAUGAUGACCAGGUCGAGAAGUUCCGUAGGAAGUAUGGUGAGAUUGCGGGAAUCAUGGAGAUUCCUGUGCUCAAAGGAGAGAUUGUGCUACCCAGUAAGCGCAAAUCCAUUUCCCCCAAAGGAGGGAAAAAGAAGUAGUCAAUUACCAGAUAUUGAGUUUUAAGUUUUUGUUUUUUGUUUUUGUGAAUUCUAUGUUGUAGACCUUGUUCUGAAUGAAAUUGCGUGUUAUGUGUUUCUGGAUA